AUGGGCAACGCCACCAACCGCACCGUCACCAGCGCCAGGACCGUCGUGAGCGCCAAGCCGGGCCUCACGGGCGCCGGAAAGCCCGUCAGCAGCGUCCGGCGGACCGUAUCGAGCGCCUCGUCGGCCAACGGCAUUGACGUCGAGCCGUCGCGGAUGGACGCCAUGGAGUCGCGCCUCUCGUCGAUGCAGGAGCUCUUUGACCUCGAGCGGCAAAAGACCGAGGAAAAGUGGAACAAGGAGCGGACAGAGAGGCUCGCUCAGGAGGAAAAGGUCAGGCAGCUCGAAGAAGACCUCCUCGAGCAGAGGAAGCUCGCCAGCAGCAGGCAGGAGGAGAUCAAGAGGAGGAGGACGCUGGCCGACGACGAGCUGCUCCAGCUCAACGCCAAGCACGCAAGAGAAAAGCGGAUGCUCGAAGAGGAGCUCGACCGCGAACGCCAGACGGUCUCGGCGCUCAAGUCGACGCUGUCGCAGCAAUCCACGUCGCACCUGACGAUGGAGUCGACCAACUCGGCGCUGCGCGCCCAGGUGACGGUGCUGCAGACCGAGGUCGAGCAGCUCAAGGCCAAAAUCGCCUCGAUGGAGGGCGACGUCCAGGCGGCCAAGGAGUACAGCCUGCACCUCGAAACCGAGCUGCGCGAGGCCGAGUCGCUCCGGCGCAAGCUGCACAACGAGGUGCAGGAGCUGCGCGGCAACAUCCGCGUCUUUGCGCGCGUGCGGCCCACGACCCAGAACGACGCCAACAACGGCGCCGAGGCGCUCGCCACCAUCCGCUUCCCCAACGAGCGCGAGGCCACCCAGAUCGAGAUCCUCGCCGCCGGCGAGAGCGCCACCGGCACCGUCACGAUGAAGAACCACCUCUUCACCUUUGACCGCAUCUUCCAGCCCUCGGCGACCCAGGCCGAUGUGUUUGAGGAGAUCGCUCACCUCACGCAGAGCGUCCUCGACGGGUACAAUACGUCGAUCUUUGCCUACGGCCAGACGGGUUCCGGCAAGACGCACACGCUCGAGGGCGCACCGACGUCGAUCACCAGCGCCGACCCGUCGUCGGACGACGGGGCGGGCCUGAUUCCGCGCGCGGUCCAGAUGCUGUGGUCGACGGCCGAGUCGCUCAAGGACAAGGGCUGGAAGUACGACUUUGAGGGCCAGAUGCUCGAAAUCUACCUCGACAACAUCAACGACCUCCUGGGCAAGGCCGAGGUCGACAAGGGAAAGCACGAGAUCAAGCACGACAAGGGCCGCACGACGGUGAGCGACACAGUCGUCGUGCCGCUCGAGACGCCCGCCGAGGUGUUCAAGCUGCUCGAAAAGGCGAAGCGGCGCAGGCAGGUGGCGGCGACGCUCAUGAACGAGCGCAGCUCGCGCAGCCACAGCGUCUUUAUGCUGCGCGUGCGCGGCACCAAUGCGACGACGAUGGAGGCGUGCGAUGCCGUGCUGAGCCUCGUCGACCUUGCCGGCUCCGAACGGCUGGCCAACUCGGGGUCCGGCGCGGAUCCGGUGCGGCUCAAGGAGGCGCAGAGCAUCAACAAGUCGCUCAGCAGCCUGUCGGACGUCAUCUCUGCCCUCGGACAGAACAAGGGCGCCAACCACGUGCCGUACCGCAACUCUACGCUCACCUGGCUGCUCAAAAACAGCCUCGGCGGCAAUUCAAAGACGCUGAUGCUGCUCGCCCUCUCGCCGAUGGCGGCGCACCUCAACGAGUCGCUCUGCUCGCUCCGCUUCGCCACCAAGGUCAAUUCGACGACCAUCGGAACGGCCAAGGCGGUCAAGACCAUCACGGCGUGA